AUGGCAGGACGAGCAGAGACCUUCUUCGCCUUUCUCCCGCUGGGAGCGAUCAUCCAAGAGUUCCGGGUCGCAGGCCAGAAUAUCGUGCUCAGUCUCCCCGACGAGGAUGCGUACAGGAAGCACAGGGAGCCUUACUUUGGCUGCACGAUCGGGCGGACGACCAACAGGCUGAGGGACGGCGUCGUCAAGAACCUGAACGGUAAAUCAUACGUCAUUAGCACGAGAGAGGGCCCUAAUUCGCUGCAUGGAGGCAAGGAUGGAUGGAACUCUCGAGUUUUCCAGGGACCCAGACCGGUGAACAGGAAUGGGUGGGAAGGCGUCGAGUUUAGGUACACCAGCCUGCACGGAGAGGAAGGGUACCCUGGCACCGUCGAGCUGCGAGUCUGGUAUUCGGCUGGAAGGGCGUCCGACGAUGGCUCUGGUCGCGAGAAGACCGUGCUGGAGGUGGAGUACGAGGUCGAUUACUUCAACCUGAGCGGUGCUCCAACGAUCGACGGCACCGUAGCGGUGCUGUCGACGGACAAGUAUCUCCCAACAGACUCGACAGGGAUCCCGCUGGGAAGAAUCGAAUCAUACGGCCCGUUGAGGGUCACGGAGCCAUUCUUGAUCGAUGAACAAUGUCCCGACAUCGACAGCUGCUUCGUGGUCGAUACCAACCCCCAGUCCAUACCUCUCGACACCAGAUCCAGAGAGCCCAAGUUGCUGGCCUCGUUCAAACAUGAAGAGUCGGGGAUGCACCUGGAGGUCCUCAGCACCGAGCCAGCGUUCCAGUUCUACACCGGCAAAUACAUCGACGUUCCAGCGGUGGGCAGGUUCCCGGCUCGCGGGCCUCGAUCGGGAUUCUGCGUCGAGCCCAGUCGAUACGUGAAUGCACCGAAUGAACCAGAGUGGCGGAGCAUGUGUUUGCUGAAAAAGGGCCAGAUCUGGGGUGCGAGAACGGUCUACAGAUCGUGGAGAGACUGA